CAACAAACGUUUCCGGUUUUAGCCGUGACCGAGAAAUCAUCUGAUAAUUUUCUCACGCAUUAUGUGAAAGUUAGAUAAGAUAUUUUGUUAACUAGCAUAUUGCUCGCUAUAUUUUGUUUCUAUACAUUAUUGUGCACGACUGAAGACAAUGAAAGACAGUCGUGUUUGAGGAGAAGCGCUUAAACUGUCCGUGACAGUGUUUUCAUAUUAGACUCUUAGAGCACCGAGUUGUGAAGGAAAUGGCACAAAGCAGAUUAAAAGAAGAUGAAGUCGACACCCGGCGUUCUUGUUGGGUUUGUUUUGCCACUGAUGAUGAUGACCGGGAUGCUGCAUGGGUGCGCCCAUGUCGGUGUAAAGGAACGACAAAAUGGGUCCAUCAGAAUUGCCUGCAGCGGUGGAUAGACGAGAAACAAAAGGGAAAUAGUACAGCCAAAGUAGCCUGCCCACAAUGCAAUACAGAGUACAUGAUCAUAUUUCCUAAAUUAGGUCCGAUUGUGUACAUAAUGGAUAUAGCUGACAAGAUCAUCUACAAGAUGUGUCCAUUUGUGGCUGGUGGCAUUUUUAUUGGUUCAGUCUACUGGACAGCAGUCACGUACGGCGCCGUCACCGUCAUGCAGGUGCUGGGACACAAGGAGGGGCUGAAUGUGAUGGAGAGAGCAGAUCCUCUGUUCCUCCUUAUCGGAUUACCCACAAUCCCUGUGAUGCUGAUCCUGGGAAAGAUGGUGCGCUGGGAAGACUAUGUGCUCCGGCUGUGGAGAAAGCACUCCGCCAAACUGCCUCUCCUCAACUACCUGUUUCCUGAUGAGUAUUCGCGGCUGACCCGCGUCCCGGCUGAGACUGUGCCGCUGUCCGACCCCAUCUCUGCCACACGGGUGCUGUGUGGGGCCCUGAUCAUGCCCACCAUUGCAACCAUCGUAGGCAAACUCAUGUUUGGGUCUGUGGAAUCCAAUUUCCAGAGGACUUUACUAGGUGGUAUAGCAUUUAUCGCCAUCAAGGGUGUUCUCAAGAUUUACUACAAGCAGCAGCAGUAUCUCCGGCAGGCCAACCGCAUCAUCCUGGACUUCCCUGAAGAAACAACAUGUGCAGCUCAGACGCCGCCACAGUGAGCCCGGCUCCAGGUGACACUGGAGCCAAACAAAAGCUCCAUGGGACACUGGAGCCAAACAAAAGCUCCAUGGGACACUGGAGCCAAACAAGUGGACUUUGUGUGGAGGGAUACACGGAUGAUGUAGAUAUUUAACUUGUGAUGUAUAUUUUGUAAAUAAUGAUCAUCAGGGACUGAUCUAGUGACAGACAUUGUCAAGUUUGAACUUGAGUGUACACAAACAGAAACACUGCCUUCUGUGAACAGACAUGCAGACACAGGCAUGUUUUGUGUGAACCCGUAAUUUAUCUCUGUCUUUUUCGACAAACUGACAUAUACGCAGACAUAGGCAGAAACUUCAGAGACACCCAUAAUUAGUUCUCCCGACUACAGACAUCAAGUCACAUACACAACAAGAGGUUAACACAUGGACACUGAUUGAUAUGAUGCCACAGCAGGAUGCAGGGAUGAUCCACAGCAGGAUGCAGGGAUGAUCCACAGCAGGAUGCAGGGAUGAUCCACAGCAGGAUCCAGGGAUGAUCCACAGCAGGAUCCAGGGAUGAUCCUUAGCAGGAUCCAGGGAUGAUCCACAGCAGGAUGCAGGGAUGAUCCACAGCAGGAUGCAGGGAUGAUCCACAGCAGGAUCCAGGGAUGAUCCACAGCAGGAUCCAGGGAUGAUCCACAGCAGGAUCCAGGGAUGAUCCACAGCAGGAUCCAGGGUGGCAUGACCUCUUCCUUUCAAUAGUUUUGUUGAUUUGUCAAUGAUUGCUGCAAAUUUUGUUUUUUGAUUAGCCCUAUUUCAAUAUUCCUAGAUUACGAUAUACACAUCAGCAUAAAGACUGCUGUAAAGAUAUAAAGAAUAUUGUAAGAGAGACUCACACACAUUCUGGAAGUGGUGGGAGAGUAAAAAACAAAACGUACAACACUAUGGAUAACAAAAUGAUUCAUUGCAUAAAGCGACGUUUAAAUGUAGAUUCGUACACUGUUAUCAAGCUACACACACGCAAAAAGAGGGGAAACACACUCACACAUAAUCAGGCAUGUCCUCAGACACACAUAGACAUGAUCAACCACAGUCACACGUAUUGAGCUACACACAUGAUCAGACACAUAUUAAGACACAUAUUAAGACACACAAAUGAUCAGACACAUUAAGACACACACAUAUUCAGCUUUACAUAUUAAGACACACAUGAUCAGACACAUAUUAAUACACAUAUAUGAUCAGACACACCUAUUAAGACACGCACAUGAUCAGACAAACAUAUUAAGACACACAUAUUAAGACACAUAUUCAGCUUCGCCUAUUAAGACACACAUGAUCAGACACAUAUGAUCAGACACAGAUAUUAAGAUACAUGUACACCUAUUAAGACACACAUGAUCAGAUACAUAUUAAGACACACACAUGAUCAGACACACAUAUUAAGACAUGCAUGAUCAGACACACAUAUUAAGACACGCAUGAUCAGACACACAUAUUAAGUCACACACAUGAUCAGACACACAUAUCAAGGUACACACAUGAUCAGACACACACCUACAAAGGCUGACAUUUUGUGAUAUGCAGGACAGUAUUCCUCCCUGUGUGGGGUUCCAAGUACAGCGAUGGCUGCGUUGAUAGUCCCGACUGUGAAAGAUACAGACGAAUGUGUCUUACACCGGAAUAUGUAAUAGCACCUGACACAGGCAUAUCAAUAUUCAAGAGUCCUGUUGUUAGUUACUGACGUUUGUGGGCUGUGUAUUUGUCUGUCACCUUUCAUUGUAUAACAAAUAAAACAUUGUGGGGGUUUUAACACCCAUUUACAGAGAAA